AUGCCAUCCUCGACUAGUAUUGGUGGUCAUUCACUUUUAUUUAUUGAACUUUAUCAUCGAUAUCAACAAUUAUAUGAUUUUGAUAAUCGUGUACUUUCUAUUGCCUUAUUUAUUCAACGACCAACUAUUCUUCAACAUUCACAAUUACUUCAAUCUAUUACAAUCAAUCAAAUGAAAUCAGAACAUUGGCAUACACUACAUAUCAAUCAAGGUAUUGCAUCUUUUGCUCAAGAACGUAUUUUUCUUGAUGAACAAAUGCGUUUUUCUAACAAAAUUGCUAUCUACAAUGAAUUGACUGCUUUAAAAAUUAUUCAAGAUUCAAUAUCAAUAGAUCGUCUAUUCGAAGCUAUUAAAUAUAUUUUAAAUAAACAUAAAAUAUUACGUACAGUUAUUAGUUUUAACAAUGAUAAUGGUGUUCUUGAACAACAUAUUGAUAAUAAACAUCGUAUAUUUCAACUUGUUCCCAAUCAAACAUUUAAAAAUGAAAAUGAACUUCAAGAUAUUCUCUGUCAAACAAUUAUUAAUCCUAAUUUAUUUGAUUUAUCCACUGGUCGUGUUUUUCAUUGUGAAGUACUUCGACAAGAACUCAUAUCUAAUAGUGAUAAUAGAUUCAUUACAGAUUCUGAUAUUCUUCUUAUAGCAUUUCAUCAUGGUGCAACAGAUCGAUCAGCUUAUCAACUUUUUCUAAAUGAUCUUUGUUUUGCUUAUAAUACACACACAGAAUGGACAGAAGAUGAAGACUUAUUACAAUAUAUUGAUUAUGCUGUUCAUGAACGUUUAAUUGAUAUGACACCAUCACGUGAUUUUUGGCUUCUAGAAUUGAAAGACUAUGAUUUUGAACAUCGAUUAUCAUUAUCGACUGAUCAACAUUGUUUAUCUAACGAUCAACGAUCUGGUUUUGCUUCAAUUGCUCAGAUUUCUUUUGAUAAAAAUAUUUCAAAAUCAUUUCUUAAUUAUGUUUCUACACAUCAAACUACUCCAUUUCAAUUAGGUAUGGCAUUAUUUUAUAUUUUCCUAUUUAAAUUAACUCAAGAUCAAAAUGAUUUAUGUAUUUCUUGUCAUAAUGCAAAUCGAUAUAAAACUGAAUUACAAAAUAUGAUGGGAAUGUUUAUUUCAACAUUACCAUAUCGUAUGAAACUUGAUUCUACUUGGUCAUUUAAUGAACUUGUUAAACAAAUACAAGAUAAAUGUAUAUCAAUUCUUGAACAUUCUCAUUAUCCAUUACAAAAUAUUCUAACUGAUAUUCAUGCUAAUCAAUCUAAUGUUGCUUUUCUUCAAACAGUAUUUGAUUUUAUUACUCAAUCUCCUGAUAUUGAUCAAUUAUCUUUCGAUGAUGUCGAUUUAAAACCAAUUGAAUUAAAACAAUCCACCGAAAUUGCUAAAUUUGAUUUUAUGUUAACAUUUGUUUACAAUCCAAUGUUAAAUGAUGAGAUGUUAUCAUGUCGUUUUGUUUGUUCACAUGAUCUAUUCGAAGAUAUGACAGUUACAAAAAUUGCUCGACGAUUUCAAUAUGUUAUUGAACAACUAUUUUCAAUGGAUUCUAAUAUUAAUCAAACUGAUAUUCUUGUUUCACCUAUUACUAAACUUAGUCUUGUUUUACCAGAAGAAGUUUAUGAAAUGGAACAAAUAGUUUUUUGUCGACAACCAGAUAUUAUGAAUGAAGCACCAGCAUCAUAUGCUCAAGCACGUAUUUGGCUUGAUGAACGAAUUCGUUUUGAUUCAAAAAAUUCACAAGUUGCCAUAAAUAAUAUGCCUUUUCUUCAUCGACUUUCAUCAGGUGGUACUCUAUCAGUAUCUAAACUUCGUCAAGCUUUACAACAUGUUCUUAUAAAACAUUCUGCUCUUCGUACAUCACUCUAUUUCGAUACAAAUAAAAAUAUAAUAAUGCAAAAGAUUAUUGAUCAUACUGAUAAUAAAGAAUUAUUUACAUUUAUUGAAGGUACUUUCGAAACAGAUGAAGAUCUCAAUAAAAUUAUGCAUAAUGAACGUGGGAAUCCAAAUAAUUUUAAUCUAUUAACUGGUGUUGUUUGUCGAUGUCAUGUUGUUUAUUAUAAAAACAUUUCUCAAAAAGGAAUCAUUUGUGAAAAAGAUGCACUAAUCUUUAAUUUUCAUCAUGCUUUGUUUGAUUUUCCAUCAAUGCAAAUAUUUCGUCAAGAUCUUGAUCAAGCAUAUACAAUGGGUUACUUGGCAAAUGAUGAUAAUACAACUUUGCGUUAUCUUGAUUGUAU